AGGCAACGGUAACUAUGUAUGACGUGGCUUCUUUUCAUGGUGACAGAAAAUCAAAACACAAGAUAUGGUCGACUAGUCGGCUAAAUAACGGUUCUUUUAUAUUUAUUUUUAUUUUAACAAAAUGGAUUGGAGUUUGAAUACAAUAUAGCAGAAGUUGUAGAUUGGUGACUCUGCGGGACAGGAAGUGAUGGACUUCCGGUGGGGGAGGAGCCGGGGCGAGAAGGGCAUCGCCGUGGUGAUAAACUUCCUGCUGGCUAAUGCUCGAUUGGUCCUGGGAGUGGGAGGGGCCGCGGUGCUGGGCAUCGCUACGUUGGCUGUCAAGAGGUUGAUAGAACGUGCGGGCCGAGCGGCGGAGGACGAGAAGGUGGAACAGAAGAUGUCAGAGAGCUGGGAGGAGCUUGGCUUAGUCUCCGCCUCCCCCAAGUCCAUAAGGAAGGGGCUGGAGAGUGUGGUCAUGAAACAUGUCGCCAAGGCAACCAAACCACAGAAAGCUGACCUGUGCCAACCCCAUCCUCUCUCUCCUCUCUCUCUAGCUGACCUGUGCCAGCCCCAGCAGCAGAAGUCUAGUCUGAAUGAGAAGCCUGUCAACGCAGCAGAGCCCCAGAGACCCAAGAGCCUACAGCUGUCUCUCACCCUGCAGGACCGUCUACAGCAGUAUUAUUCAACCAGAGCAGCUUUAGCCCCAGAGGUCAUCCACAGAGCUGAGAGUCUAGACCGUCUACAGCAGUAUUAUUCAACCAGAGCAGCUUUAGCCCCAGAGGUCGUCCACAGAGCUGAGAGUCUAGCUCUAGAUAUCUGUAUAGAGGUACAAGGCUUCCUGCACAGCACAAACCCUGACAUGCCUCUGGGAGAGAUGUCACUGGGAGGGUCCCUGCUCGACGACCUACAGGUGGUGAGAGCGGACCAUGCGUGCCUGCUGGUUCCCCUCCAGCUAGAACCCAGUCUGUGGAGACUGAUCCCUGGGGAGGAGACUCUCCUAACACACCCUCUACACUGGAUGGUCCGGCGGGUCAACCUGGAGUACUUCCCCAGAGGACGCAGCUACUGGGACCGGUUCCUAGUCGGAGGGUAUCUGUCCUGCCGGGCGCUGGUGAGCAUGCUCAGUAAGGCUGUGAUGGAAACCAUGAACUGGCCGUCUCUCUCCUCCACUCUGGACUGUCUGGUCAGGCCUGUCCUCGGGGGAGAUGAACUGAAACUAGAGAUACGACCAGAGCGAGGUGAUACUCUCUUCAUCUCCGUAGUGCCGGUGCUGAGGGAGGCAGACGUGGUCCUGACUGCCCAGGUAGAGUUAACCCAGCCCUGGGAUAGUGCCUGGCACCUCUCCCUCUACCCCUGGGAGACCCAGCGCCUGACCCAGCUUGACUCCGCUGACCAGGGGGUCCGACGCGCCCUCCUCAAAACCCUCAAAGCCGUCUGUCGACACUGUCCCGCCCUGCGACCCCUCACCGCCGCACCGCUGGCCAACCUCAUCCUCCACCUCAGCGACAAGGACGUGGAUUGGUCAGAGGGUUGUCUGAGUGGGCGGUUCCAGCAGUGUGUGUGGGAGCUGAUAGGUUAUCUGGAACAGGGGGUGUUACCUAGCUACUUCAAGCCCAGUGUUAAUAUGUUGAACGGAGUGACGGAGGAAGAGGUCGAUGAGAUGGGCUUUAUGUUGUACUGCGCCGUCUCUGAACCAGACAUUCUGCUGAUAUAGAUAUAUAUAUAUAUAUAUAUAUAUAUAUACUCUAACCUGGUGUAUAUAUCAGAGAGGAAGAGGACAUGUAUUAGAUAUGAGAGACACCACCCUGUCUAUAGAUCAUAUAUAUAUAUAUAUAUAUACUCUAACCUGGUGUAUAUAUCAGAGAGGAAGAGGACAUGUAUUAGAUAUGAGAGACACCCCCCUGAUGUCUAUAGAUCAUAUAUAUAUACUCUAACCUGGUGUAUAUAUCAGAGAGGAAGAGGACAUGUAUUAGAUAUGAGAGACACCACCCUGAUGUCUAUAGAUCAGUUGUGCCAUAUUACCGCUCCACUGAGACGUGGACGGGAGAUUGUUGUUCAGGCAGUCGUGCAUCUCCUUCACUGACUGACUAAACAGAGAUAAUUUAUACAUUGUGUAUGAGUACUACGGUGUGGAUGAGUUGAUGGGGGGGGCUCUGACUGAGCAGCACAGAGACUGAUGCUGAUGAUGAUGAUGGACUGUGCCUUAAGGGAAGUAGAUGAGGGGAGGAAGAAAUUAAAAAGAAGACUAGGGCCGCGUUUUACACAGACACCCAGAAUCAGGUUACUGCAGACGUAGUGACAGACUUUCUCCUGCUGUGGACUAUAUAUCUAGAUCUAGUACAGCU